AACAAUCCAGAUAAAUCCAAAAAUUGGACCAUGAGUCAAGAGUCAAAUCUAUUUCCUUGGCUCUGAAAAAGAACCCUAAUACGGCCUGUAAGCAGCGAGACUACACUUAAGACUACUACACACACUCUUCUCAGUCUCUCUCUCCCAUCUAAGGGUUUUUGGAACCAUGGAAAUUAAGUUUUACAGCUCUCACCAACGAACAACUAUGGUUUCUUCUGAGUUAGAAAUUUUAAUGUUGCAAACCCUUUUUCUUGCUGGGAAAUCUCUUGCUUGCCUUUUACUUAUGACUGGAACUCUUUUGGAGGGUGUCAGUGAGCUAACUAGUUUAACUGCAAUGGAAAAGAGGUUCCCCUUUGAUGAAUUGCGCAAAACAGAACGACCGUGUCCGGAGAACAAGGAUGCAAGUGAUACAGAGGAUGAUGAUGAAGAUGAAGACGGUGUAGAAGAUCAGGAUGAUGACGACGAUGAAGAUUUUUCUGGAGGAGAAGGUGGGGAUGAUGACGAUGAUGAUGAGGGGGACCCUGAGGAGGCGGAAGCAAACGGUGAUGGAGGAAGUGAUGAAGACGAUGAUGACGAUGAGGAUGGAGAUGAUGAUGAGGAUGAGGACGAGGAUGGCGAGGAAGAAGAAGACGAGGAUGAAGAUGACCAACCUCCUGCAAAGAAGAAAAAAUGAGUGAGAUUAAGGUAUGAUUAGAGUUUAGUUUUAUCUCUUUUAAGCUUCUAAUGGAGUUCAUUAGUGUUGAGAUGCCUCUGGGUCAGGUUAGGGCCUUCACAUGGUGGUUAGUUAGUGCUUGCACACUCAAAAAUAUUGGUACUCAUUGAUGUCAUGAACAAAAUUGUAGAAUGGUGAAUUAUUUUUAGAUAUGAAUGUUUCUUUUUUUCUUUAUCAAAAUUCGAAAUUUUUUUUCUGUAGUUCAUUUUUAAAGGUGAUGACUUUGUUUUUAUCCAAGAAAUAUGACCUUGGUUACGAUUAUGUUCUCUUCUAUCUAAACUUAAAGCUAUUGGUACUAUUGAGCUCUAGUUCUUAAACAUUGUGCAUUAAUGGAAUCACUUAUACAAAGACUCAUAUGUAUAGGCAAACAAUUAGGGUCUUAACUCUUGUUCUCAAGUUUGUAAUGAAGUGAGAGCAGUAUGCUAGUCUAGUCAGGUGUUUCGCGUUCAGAACUCAGAAUCUUGGAUCUCACUCCCAUCCUUAAUCUCGCUUUCGGUGCAAUAACUAGCUGCCCAGGUUUUUCAUUUUCAGGACUCGAAAUCUUGGUCUAAAGCCGAA